AUGAAAAUCCUCCAGUUGCUGGCUUUUGCUGCGACUGUCACUGCAGUGACAAUUUCACGCUCUAAGCAAUCUUCUCCUAGCUCACUCACAAAUGUGACUAUCUUCUCACCACCCCCCGACUACAAUAUUCCGCGGACACUUUACCCACGCAACGAACAGCUUCCCAAUGGAGACCUGCUCGCAACAUGGGAAAAUUACUCUCCAGAGCUACCAAUGGUCUACUUCCCUAUCUACCGCUCCAAAGAUCAUGGCAAGACAUGGAAGGAGAUCUCAAAAGUCCAUGACACCGCCAACGGCUAUGGCCUGCGUUACCAGCCGUUCCUGUAUCACCUGCCCGAGCGCAUUGGUUCAUUCAAGAAAGGCACUUUGCUUCUCGCCGGAAGUAGCAUUCCAACCGACCUGUCUUCCACCAACAUCGAUCUUUAUGCAUCACAGGAUCAUGGCGUGACUUGGAAGUUUGUUAGCCAUAUCGCUGCUGGAGGAGAGGCGCAGCCGAUCAAUGGACUGACUCCCGUGUGGGAGCCUUUCCUUCUUGCGCAUAAGGGAAAGCUGAUCUGUUAUUACUCGGACCAGCGUGACAACGCAACCUACGGGCAGACAAUGGUCCACCAAGUCUCAACCGAUCUGAAGAGCUGGGGCCCUGUCAUAGAGGAUGUCACCUAUCCAACAUACACCGACCGACCCGGAAUGCCAGUUGUGACAAAACUCCCAAACGGCAAAUAUUUCUAUAUCUAUGAGUUCGGCUCCUUCUUCGAUACCUCAAGCUACUCCUUCCCUCUAUACUAUCGCAUCUCGUCCGACCCAGAAAAGAUGGCUUCCGCCCCGGGCCAGCGUCUGGUUGUCUCUAGUGGUACUCAGCCGACAUCAUCGCCGUAUGUGGUGUGGACACCGUACGGCGGAAAGAAUGGUACCAUCAUCGCAAGCUCUGGUACACAGAGUACUUUGUUUAUCAAUAAGGCUCUUGGCGAAGGAGAGUGGACGGAGAUUGCUUCGCCUGAAGAGCAUGGAUACACACGGUCUCUCCGGGUGUUGUCGGAGGAGGGAGGCCGGUACCUGGUCGUGCAUUCUGCUGGAGUACUGUCUGGAACAGAUAAUCGGGUUUCGCGCCUAAACAUGGGGGACUCAGGAUGCUCUGUGGAUGUCGAGGACAUCUUUGGCCCAAUAGUCGCCCCUUCUUGUCUACAAGGCUUUGAUUUUACGCUCUUGUUCGAAGAGAGCAUUCUCACCCUCGCGCCAAUUGGCUGCGUUUGUUUGCCAGCGCUGAUUCGCAUUUGGAAACUUCUUCAUACUUCUGAAAGGGUCAAUCGGUCAUGGUUAUACGCGACGAAGGAGUUCUUUUGGGUGCUGUACAUAGGAUGCCAUAUGGUGCUGCUAAUUGUCUGGAGCCAACCAGUUACUCCUAGGACGAGGGCAACUGUCACAACAAGCUUUGUGACCGUAGUCACUUCUCUCUUUCUAUCAUACCUGUCUCAUCUUGAGCACCUCCGCUCGAUACGUCCUUCCACAGUCAUCAAUGUUUUCCUCGGAUUCACGCUGCUUUUCGACCUUCCACGACUGCGGACUCUGUAUUUCAUCCCUGCCAGCCAGACUGUGACUACCUUGUUUGCUAUAUCAUGGGUUAUCAAAGCAACAAUCCUUGUCCUAGAGGCGACCGAAAAGCGAUCCUCGCUCAGAAAGAAUUAUGAAAAUAGCCCAAUCGAGUCCACCAGUGGUAUCCUAAACCGUGCGCUCUUUUGGUGGCUGAACGAACUACUUUGGCGCGGAUCCAAAGAUAUCCUGACAGUGGAAAGUCUGCCUGUUCUCGCCAACGACAUCAGGGCUGCUUCCAAUCCUCAGUCUCUUUUUGAAAAAUGGGACAAUGCCAACAAAUAUCAAAAAAACUCCCUUCUAUGGAUAUUCGUGUCGCACUACAAAUGGGUCUUUCUCCAGGGUGUUUUACCUAGACUUGUAUACACAGGGUUUCUCUUUGUGCAGCCAUUUCUUGUGGAGCGCGUUCUUGAUUUUAUGACUGAACCAGAACAUGUCAACUCAAACAACUACGCCUACGGACUUAUAGGUGCAUAUGCUAUUGUGUAUCUUGGCAUCGCUGUAUCAUACGCUGCUUACGAGCACAAUACAUACCGCAUCAUCACUAUGGUUCGAGGAAGCUUGGUCACACUCAUCUUCAACAAAACACUACGUAUGAGCACUACUGCCGUGUCGGACACCGCCGCUAUCACGCUGAUGAGUACCGACAUCGAGCGCAUUAGUGUCGGUCUUGCAGAUAUGCACGAGACAUACUCAAACUUUAUCGAGAUUGGUCUGGCAUUGUGGCUUCUUGCCCGACUUAUUAAUGUAGCGACAAUCGCAUCUACCGUUUUCGUGGUUGCGUGUUUGGUAGCAGGGAUUCCUCUUGCGAUCGGUUCUGGUAAGGCACAAGACACAUGGCUUGAAGCCGUUGAGGAACGGGUGGCUGUUACCUCGAAAGUUCUCGGAGUGAUGAAAAACAUCAAGAUGACAGGUUUGACGGAAGCCAUAUCGGGCAGUCUUCGCGAUCUACGAUCUACGGAAAUCAAUGCUUCUUUUUGGUUUAGACUCUACGAAGCAUUGGUAAUCACAUUGAGUUUUGCUUCUUCUGCAUUAGCGCCGGUGUUCGGAUUUGGUGUUUAUAUUAUUCUUGCCCGGGCAAAUGAUACAGCCACACUGACCAACAGCAUGGCGUUUUCUGCUUUAACACUAUUUUCCUUGUUGGAUCAACCGAUGGUUUCUCUUUUGCGUGGUUCAGAGGAUCUGGUGGCGGUGAUGAACUGCUUCCAGCGAAUCCAGAAACACAUGAUGGAAACCGAAAGAGUCGAUUAUCGGCUGAAGCACGAUGUCUCUGAGACUCAAACGGCGCCCCUAUUUGAAACAGAUUCCUCGGCCUCGGAUCAAUAUACCGAAUCUUGUGCUGUCCUGAGAAACGUUUCUGCAGCUUGGUCGAUUGAUAGCGAGCCUGUGCUCAAAGACCUGAAGCUUGAAAUCCCAGCAUUCAAGAUUACAAUGAUUGUUGGGCCAGUUGGCAGUGGCAAGUCUACUUUCUUGAAGAUGUUAAUAGGGGAAGUUCCAGAAUGCUCUGGCUCGAUUUCUACUAGCUUCGCCCAUGCCGCAUAUUGCAAUCAGUCGCCAUGGAUUACAUUCGGGACAGUCCAAGAAAAUAUCAUUGGUUCCUCGCGGUGGGAUCAACCUUGGUAUGACCAGGUAACUUAUGCAUGUGCUCUACAAGCUGAUUUGCAGCAACUUCCUGCUGGGGACCAAACCAAAGUUGGUGUCCGUGGCUCUCGACUCAGUGGUGGGCAGCAAAUGCGCGUGGCGCUUGCACGAGCUCUUUAUUCAAAAGAGCCGGUCCUUGUUUUGGAUGAUGCCCUAACGGGUCUUGACCGAGAAACAGAGAAGAUGAUCCUAGAUAACGUCUUCGCUGAGCACGGUUGCAUCAAGCGUUUACGACAAACUGUAAUCAUGACGACAAACUCAGCACAUCAUCUUCUCUAUGCCGAUAAUGUUGUCGUAUUGAAUGGAGAUGGGAGAAUUACCCAACAAGGGUCGUAUUACGACCUCAUGGGUGCCAAUGGCCAUAUCAAUAUGCUUUGUGGAGGUUCCCAUUCAACUGAUACUGCUUGGGCCUCGGAGAUUGUACUAGAUGACGAAACAUUGCAGGCAUUGAAUUUGGACGAACAAAAUACCGAAGAUUCAGCUCGGCGAACCGGCGACUGGACUGUCUAUCGCUUUUAUUUCGAGAACAUUGGCUGGCCUCUUUUGUCGAUCUUCCUCGCAUGCUGUGUUCUCUUUGUCCUCGGUCUAAGCUUUCCUCAGAUCUGGCUGCAUUGGUGGACUCGUGCCAAUGAGCAGCAUCCAAAUGAACAUGUUGGGUAUUGGCUGGGUGUAUAUGCUGGACUUGGUUUCUUCUCACUUCUAACCACAUUCCUUGGCACUUGGAUACUCGCCAUGUAUAUACAGCCCAAAACAGCCCGUCGGUUCCAUGAGAUUCUUCUGCGUAGCACAAUGGGAGCCACAACCUCCUUUUUGACUUCUACAGAUAUUGGAAACACUACAAACAGAUUCAGCCAAGAUCUCGAGCUCAUUGAUGAUGAGCUUCCCUCAGCCUUAGAGCUAACAGUCAAUUGUGCUAUAAGUUGUGUUGUAGAGGGUCUCCUAAUCUUCAUUGGUUCUUCCUACGUCACAGCAGCAGUGAUCCCCUUCUGCAUCCUGGUGGUUUACUACGUGGCAAAGUUCUACGUCAAGACCUCCCGUCAGUUGCGUCUACUGAACAUUGAGGCCAAAGCACCUCUAUUCUCCCAGUUCUUGGAGGCCCUCAACGGUCUCUCCAGCAUUCGAGCGUAUGGCUGGACAGAAGAUUACCAGCGCCGCAAUCAAAUCGCCCUGGAUCUUUCUCAGCGUCCUUUCUAUCUGCUUUAUUGCAUCCAGCGCUGGAUGAGUCUUGUGUUGGACUCGGUAGUAGCCUGCAUUGCCAUUAUUGUCAUUGCGAUUGCAAUAUCGAUGAGAGGCCGUCCUUCUACAAAUUUGCUGGGCAUUGCGUUAUUCAACAUUGUCAAUUUCAGCUCCACCCUUCAGGUGCUUGUGACUUAUUGGAUCAGGUUGGAAAGCUCGAUUGGAGCUGUUUCGAGAAUUCGCUCAUAUGCACGACAAGCUCCAAAUGAAGAUUUGUAUUGCGAAAAAGAUGAUGUUCCUGAGGACUGGCCUCAGUGGGGUGGCGUGGAUAUUGUGGACCUUUCGGCAUCUUACGAUCCCUCCUCAGCACCUGUUUUGAAGGGGAUCAAUCUUAAGAUCCAUCCUGGUGAAAAAGUUGCUUUCUGUGGACGAACUGGCAGCGGGAAAUCCUCCCUCAUUUCAACAAUCCUACGUAUACUUGAGCUAGACAGCGGUAAAAUUCUUAUUGACGGCAUAGACAUAUCAAGAGUCUCUAGAGCGCACGUUCGAUCCAGGAUCAACACUAUUCCCCAGCAGCCCUUUUUCCUGCAUGGCACGGUACGGCUGAACGCCAACCCAGAAGGGCACGCAACUGAUGAGACAAUCAUUGCCUCUCUUCAGGCAGUCAAUCUAUGGUCCUAUAUUGAAACCAAAGGCGGGCUGGAUGUUGAUAUGUCUGAUGAUUUUCUAUCCCAUGGGCAGCAACAGCUGUUUUGCCUCGCACGGGCACUUUGCAAGACCAGUAAUAUUGUUAUUAUGGAUGAGGCUACGAGCAGCGUCGAUUCGGAAACAGACACGCUCAUGCAAUCUGUCAUUCGGACUCAUUUCAAGAAUCAAACUAUCAUCGCUAUUGCGCACAAGCUGCAUACGAUUCUAGACUUUGAUAAGGUUGCUCUCAUGGAGAAUGGCAGAGUCGUGGAGUUUGAUACACCCAAGGCGCUUUUGGCAAAGGAAGGAUCAGCUUUCAGAAGUUUGUUAGAGGCAUUUCAAGACAAAUCCGAUGAAUAG